AAAUCACCAGAACUAGGGAGAGACUCGACUGGGCAGAGACCAAAAGGACGUAGGUGUGCGGAGGAAGGGGCUACGAGGAGGGGAAGAGAGCGGGCAAAUUGGCUGGGAGGAACGCGGAGCUCCUUGCUGCGUGACGAAAGCCGGGGAGGGGGGGCGAUGCGCCACUUGCACUUCGCACCCGCACAACCCAGACCUGUGCGCCAUCAGAGCGGCGUGGCGGCUGGGUCCCUUGGCUGUCCGGACUCCUGAGCAUAGGGAGCAACUGGCAAGAUGCUUGCAGUUUCUCAUGGGCUGCCUGGUAAAAUGCGCCUGCGGAAACGGUUGCCAGGGCGACAAAGGACUGCUCCCGGAAGUCCUUUGAUGCUUCGGUAACAAUGAAACGAGUGGACCAAUGUGGCACCCCUUCCGGUUUCGUUAGGUCUUGACUCGCUGUUAGUUACCAAUGUUACCUUUGACCCCGGAAUUGAGGUCUUCCGGGUUCCUCCCUCCCGCAAGAUGGCAGCAGCUGAAGACGAGCUACAGCUGCCGCGGCUCCCCGAGCUUUUCGAAACCGGCAGGCAGCUCCUGGACCAGGUGGAAAUAGCGACUGAAUCCACCAGUUCCCGGAUAGUUCAGGAUAAAGUUGCCAAGGGAUUGGACUGCCUUGAAAAGGCUGCCGAAAUGUUAUCUCAGCUCAACUUGUUCAGCCCAAAUGAAGAUUUGGAAGAGAUUGCUUCCUCCAACCUGAAGUACCUGAUGGUGCCAGCGUUUCAAGGAGCCCUCAUUGUGAAACAAGGCAACCCCAGCAAGCGUCUAGAUCAUUUGCAGCAGGCUCGAGAACACUUUAUAAACUUCUUAACUCAAUGCCAUUUCUAUCAUGUGGCAGAGUUUGAGCUCCCCAAAAGCAAUAACAACUCUGCUGAAAAUAAUACUGCUAGUUCCUCCAUGGCCUAUCCUAGCCUGGUUGCUAUGGCAUCACAAAGACAGGCUAAAAUAGAGAGAUACAGGCAGAAGAAGGAGGUGGAGCAUAGGUUGUCUGAACUGAAGUCUGCUGUGGAAAGUGGUCAAGCAGAUGAUGAGCAUGUUCGUGAAUAUUAUCUCCUUCACCUUCGGAGGUGGAUUGGCAUCAGCUUAGAAGAGAUUGAGAGCAUUGACCAGGAGAUAAAAAUCCUGAGAGAAAAAGACUCUGUAAGAGAGGCAUCAACAUCUCACUCAUCUCUGAAUCAGGAGAAGCCUCCAAUGAAGCCCUUCAUUCUCACUCGGAACAUAGCCCAAUCCAAAGUAUAUGGAGCUGGUUAUCCAAGUCUGGCAACUAUGACAGUGAAUGACUGGUAUGAUCAGCAUCGUAAAUAUGGAGCAUUACCAGAUCAAGGAAUAGUCAAGGCCACACCAGCAGAGCUCAGAAAAUCAGCUGCCGAAGAACAGAAAGAUCAAGAAGAAAAGGAGGAAGAAGACGAUAAGACAGCAAUCCACAGAGCACGUGAGUGGGAUGACUGGAAGGACACUCAUCCUAGGGGCUACGGUAACCGACAGAAUAUGGGUUAACCUUCCCACAGCACAACUACGGGUGUAUCCCUUCCUCACCAAGCAGAACUGUGCAUUCUUCCACUCCCUGGACUCCUACUUCAGCUGUGUUCAAUGCAAGCAAAGAUGCUGAAUCUUGCCUCCUUCUCAAUAAAGUGUCAAAUAAUUAAGUGUGUAUUUGUGCCCUAGAUGAUGUGCCAGCAGUCUUGUUUGACAUUAUCAUCCUUAUCGUGCUGUAUUACAGUUAAUUAAUGGAAAAGAAAAGAGCAGUGAGAAAUGGCUCUGUAUAAUCAGUGGCUAUAUGAAUUCUUUCUGAAAAAUAAAGUCCCUUCUAAUACACAA